CGGCCUCCUGCAAACAGUGUCCGGGUGAGUGACGCAGGGGUAGGGCUCUCAUUCCACCCCCCUGCCCAGCACUCCCCACGAGCCAAGUCUUGCACCCCCAAUCCGCCUCUCUGUCCCCUCCCCAUGCCUGCCUGAGACGCUGAAGGGACGGGGAAGAACUUUUCUAGCCUUCUUUUUGGAUCGAUGCUACAGCUGAGAACCUGCACAUCUCUGCACACCUAACGGUGGGAAUGGAGAGACAGCAGGUGGAGAGGGCGGCUUGACCCGGGCUGCAGAGAUCUGUGUGAACAUCAAAGACGGCACUGAACAGGGGCUCCGUCACCCAAGAGUCUCUGCAUCUGGUGGAGAUGUCUGGCUGGCAGAGCAAACAGGCUGGUAAUUAUUUCGUACCCAACCUGCUGGACUUUGACAGCCUUCAUUUCCAGGUGCUCCCCAUUCACAAUCAGAUGAAGCUGACUCUGUCCUCAAGCCGAUUCCAGUGAAUCCGAGACAGGGGUCUGGAGCGCAUGUGUCCAGCACAAGGUGAGAAGAAAGGGACUGAGAGAUAACCUCAAGUCAGUUGGUGAGGAGCAGCAGGAUAAAGCAGGGAUUAUUGUACUCCAUUGGGAAUGGUGAUCUGGCCCGACUGAGUUUUCCUGGCCCUUGGAUUCGUGGGAGCCAGUGUGAGUGACACUUUAAGUUGUGGUUCUGAUCUCCCCCCAGCUCUUGUAGAGUUUGGCAAACAGCUGAAGUGGAACAUAAUUGUCUGCAGACUUGGAGACGCACCCGGGCAGAGUGAUGGGCAGCGCAGGCCAGGGGCUGACCGCUCUGCCUCACGGCCGGAUCGCCCCACAGGACGCCCUGCUGCUGACCAGCCUGGAGAAGACCCCCACCGCACAAGACCCCGAUACCCGGAGCUGGAGCUCCCUGGACAGCCCCAGCCCCCCUGCCACACCCGAGCAGACCCUGCCCACUUUCUAUCUCCACUACUUCGAUAUGCUCUACUCAGAGGACACCAGCUGGGUGCCCAAGGGCCUGGGGGAGACUCCUCAGGGCAGUGGCCAAGGAGGCAGGGGCGAAGGGCAGAAGGAGCCGGAGCAGUGCCCCAUCAUCGACAGCCAGGGCUUGGGGCUGAGCCCCGACAUGGACUACCAGGAGAGCCUCCACUUGGAGGAGCACUCGCUGGAGCAGGUGCAGAGCAUGGUGGUGGGCGAAGUGCUAAAGGACAUCGAGACGGCUUGCAAGCUCCUCAACAUUGCAGCAGAUCCGGCGGACUGGAGUCCAGGAAACGUCCAGAAGUGGAUCCUAUGGACUGAGCACCAGUACCGACUGCCCCAGAUCGGGAAAUCUUUCCAGGACCUGUCUGGGAAGGAUCUGUGUGCCAUGUCAGAGGAGCAGUUCCGUCAGCGCUCCCUGGUGUGCGGGGACGUGCUGCACGCCCACCUGGACAUCUGGAAAUCAGCUGCCUGGAUGAAGGAGAAGGCUGCGCCCGGAGAAGUGCGGUACUGCGCGGGUGACGAGAGCUGGACGGAUAGCGAGGUGGACUCCUCCUGCUCAGGCCAGCCCAUCCACCUAUGGCAGUUCCUCAAAGAGCUUUUGCUGAAGCCUCAUCACUAUGGACGGUUCAUUCGCUGGCUCAAUAAGGAGAAAGGCAUAUUCAAGAUCGAGGACUCUGCCCAGGUGGCUCGUUUAUGGGGAAUCCGGAAGAACCGGCCCGCCAUGAACUAUGACAAGCUGAGCCGCUCCAUCCGGCAGUAUUACAAGAAAGGGAUCAUCCGGAAACCUGACAUCUCCCAGCGCCUGGUCUACCAGUUUGUCCACCCCGUCUGAGAAGGGGGCAGGAGCAGGGGAACGGACUGACCUCCCGGUGGGAUCCCUAUAACCAAGCACCUCCCACCCCCUUCCAAAAUGAGAUCCACCUUUGAUAAUAAAGAUGAAGUCUAGGAUUGUGCAAGAGGCUGGAAAUUCAUCAAACUUGCCAGAUGAACUUCAGAGCUUCCAACCUCCCCCAGGCUACAAAGCGUGUGUGUUGGGGGAAGAACCCCCACCUAGCAAUGGACUGCCUGUGAAAUAGAGUGUAUACAUUUAAUUCUGGGGCCAAUGAGUUUGUGUAGAAAGCCCCCUUCUCCCUCUAAAGCUGCGGUGUGAGGGGGGCACAACAAUUGGGUGGGGUGGGGGGGCGAGGGGAUGCUGCCUGGAAGCAACGUCGAACCAAUAGAAGUUACGUCUGACUGUUGUGGAUGAGGUUCAUUUUUCUCCCCCAGCUUUUCAAGUCUUUGGCUGUGCGAGAGGCACCACUAGACCAGAUGCCACUUAGCAGAGAUUUAUGGCACGUUGGAGGUCACACAGCAUAGCAGCUGGGCGUAAAACCCAGGAGUCCUGUCCACACGUGGGAACAUAGGAGUUGUCAUACUGCAUCAGACCACUGGUCCUUGUUUCUGAGCCUGGCCGGCCACCCCUGCUUUAGUGAAAGGUGCUGGUACCCCUGCAGUGAUGGGUAACUUGCCCCCUGGGGAAGUUUCUUCCUGAUCCCCAUCAGUUAGAGACGGUCGUGUACCCUGAAGAUUGAUAAGAGACACACACACACACACACACACACACACACACACUGCACAACAUCUAGUGAUAAUCAAAUUCGGCCUCUCUUCGUCGAUGCUUCCAGGUGGGGAGCUUGAGUUGUCCUGAAAUAUCCCAAGGAUAUCAUCAUGGCAAUUCUACUGGUUUUGCUUUUUCCUGAUCUGAAGCAGUUCUCUGAGCAUGGAAGAGAGGUAAUUCCCCACCCACCCUCAGCCAGUCCAGAGCCUUUCUUUAAUGGGACAACUCCCUCACCAAUAGCCUAACUGAAAUCUGUUCCUUCUAUCCUUCCCUGGGCUAGAAAAGUAGCUGGUCAGUCCAAUCAUUAACUGGCGGUGUCUCUUCUUGGUGGGGGCAAGGAUAGAACGAUAGCCAGAAAGUGCUUGCCACUAAGGCAGUCUCCCCCCCCCAACACUUGCUAUAUGCAUGUGAUCAACUAGGCAAUGCCCCCAGCCUUGUGUGGCAGUGGAGGGAUGCCCCAGUGUGACAGGGCUCUGCGAGCCGGCAGAGAGCAGCAAUGCUCUGGUGUAGACGACUGCCAGAAGGACUGAGGGUUAUCGGCUGGAGACGCUGCAGCUGAAGCAUUCGCCUCCCUGGUUGGCUUGUUUGGAGGUGGGUCGGCAGUAGGAAGCAGUGGAAUUGUCCAGUAACGUGUGAUGCUGGGUUAGCAGCUGCAUAACUGGCUGGUGUGUCCAAGAACCUCUCAAGCGUCCUGCUUCUCUUCCUUACGGAGAAGCAGUUCUGAAGCACGUGCCUUGCUAUUCUGGGAAAAUCGCUUUGACAAGUUCAUCAUGUCCGACUGGCCCUCUGAGACAUGCAGUGGGCAGCUUCCCUUUUUCUGGGUGCCAUUAUUCCUUAGCACCAUUUUAAUACUUCGGGACUAGAUUCUGAACGUAGUUAGGCCGGUAUAAACCGGGAGUAGCUCUCUGAGCUUCAACCGGGUUACUCUGGAUUCACACUGCUGUAAAUGAGAUCAGAAUCUGGCCCAAAUGUUUUGGAGUCAAGUUCUGCUACUCCCUCCCCAGUUCGUCUCCCAUUGCCUUUGGCAAGAGCAGCACCAGCUGUAAACCAAAGACAAGUGUGGCUGAUCAUGGGGUGGGCUCUAACUCGGGGAUUGCCUAACGGGGCCAAACCCCGGACACCCGACUCAGAUCUGAAGCGACUGAACUAGCCAGUUUCUGGUGCACACUUGAAUGGGUGCGGUGACCAUUUUCGGGCAUUGUGUGUGAAAGGACAAAGUCACCCAUGCGCAGGAUGUGAGAAAGGCUCAUUUGAAAGGAAAGACAAUAGGAUCGUACACAGCAGCCUUCUGCCAGGGCUCACGCUGACCCGAAGCUGGGACACCCUGGCACUUGGAUGCAUGAGAAGGCCAUCUGGCUGAGCAACAGGGUAACACCAAAAAGCUCUUCUGGGAAGCAUGGAGGCAGCAGACUGUGUAGUAUGUUGCUUUGCCUGCUGGACAGGUUGCUGUACCAUGGCCGAUCUCCUAAGCAAG